ACCCCGCCCAGAGCGGUGCCGCUGCCCAAAUCCUCGCAGGCAGGCGGCUCAUCAAUGCACUUUCAGCUCCAGGCAGAGCCCGGGACCUGCGCGCCCGAGCGUCCCUGGGUCCGCCUGCCCUGCCGGCUGCUGGUGGCACCUCGCCCUCGGGGCAGCCUCCCCGAGAGCCCCACCUUGCAGAAGCACCGCUCUCUGCCGCAGCCCAGGCGCUCAGCAUGCCUCCCGCAGGCUUCGGGAACUUCUUGCUGCUGGCGUGCCCCUUCCUCCUCGCGGGGCUGUCAGCUGUUCCUCAAAACUUCUCGCCAUCUCUGAGAAGCGGGCCAGGUGCCACGUGCCGGCUGUCCCGGGCUGAGUCCGAGCGACGGUGCCGGGCGCCGGGGCAGCCCCCAGGGGGCGCUCUGUGCCACGGCCGGGGCCGGUGUGACUGCGGGGUCUGCAUCUGUCACGUGAACGAGCCAGGCGUGUACUUCGGGCCCUUGUGUGAAUGCCACGAGUGGGUGUGCGAGACCUACGACGGGAAGACCUGUGCAGGCCACGGUAAGUGUGACUGUGGAAAGUGCAAAUGUGACAAAGGAUGGUCUGGUGAUGCUUGCCAGUACCCGACUAAUUGUGACCUGACAAAGAAAAAAAGUAAUCAAAUGUGUAAGAAUUCUCAAGACAUCAUCUGCUCUAAUGCAGGUACAUGUCAUUGUGGCAGGUGUAAGUGUGAUAAUUCAGAUGGAAAUGGACUCGUUUAUGGUAAAUUUUGUGAGUGUGAUGAUAGAGAAUGCAUAGAUGAUGAAACAGAAGAAAUAUGUGGAGGCCAUGGAAAGUGUUACUGUGGAAACUGUUACUGUGAGGCUGGUUGGCAUGGAGAUAAAUGUGAAUUCCAGUGCGAUAUCACCCCCUGGGAGAGCAAGCGAAGAUGCACAUCUCCAGAUGGCAAAAUCUGCAGUAACAGAGGUACUUGUGUGUGUGGCGAAUGUUCUUGCCAUGAUGUUGACCCUACUGGAGACUGGGGAGAUAUUCAUGGAGACACCUGUGAAUGUGAUGAAAGGGACUGUAGAGCUGUCUACGACAGGUAUUCUGAUGACUUCUGUUCAGGUCAUGGACAAUGUAACUGUGGACGCUGUGACUGCAAAGCAGGCUGGCAUGGGAAGAAGUGUGAGCACCCCCGUUCCUGCCCACUGUCGGCUGAGGAGAGCAUCAGGAAGUGCCAAGGAGGCUCUGACCUGCCCUGCUCUGGAAGGGGUAAAUGUGAAUGUGGCAAAUGUACGUGCUACCCGCCGGGGGACCGCAGGGUGUAUGGGAAGACGUGCGAGUGCGAUGACCGCCGCUGUGAAGACCUCGACGGUGUGGUCUGUGGAGGCCACGGCACGUGCUCCUGUGGUCGCUGCGUUUGUGAGAGAGGCUGGUUUGGAAAGCUCUGCCAGCAUCCCAGGAAGUGCAACGUGACGGAGGAACUGAGCAAGAGUUUGUGUGAAUCAGCAGAUGGCAUCUUGUGCUCGGGAAAGGGUUCUUGUCACUGUGGAAAGUGCAUUUGUUCUGCUGAAGAAUGGUAUAUUUCGGGUGAAUUCUGCGACUGUGAUGACAGGGACUGCGACAAGCACGAUGGUCUCAUUUGCACAGGAAAUGGAAUCUGUAGCUGUGGAAACUGUGAGUGCUGGGAUGGAUGGAAUGGAAAUGCAUGUGAAAUCUGGCUCGGCACAGAAUAUCCUUAACAAUUCGAUGGGAGAGGACUAGAUGCGGGUUUUUCUAGGCCAUUAGAGCAUAUAAAGGCAGAAGAAACCAUGUAUAGUCACCACGAGGACAGGUCAAACAGACUGUUGUAUGUUUUUCUAUGUCUGAAAGCCUGAAUGAAAUCUGGAUACCCAUUAAAAAUAAGUUAAGCAAACUCUGAUGUAAAUAACAUCAGAAAGAAAUUUUCUUCCACAUUUACAUCAGUGGUUCUCAACAAGGGAGACUUUGCCACCCAGAAAAUAUUAGGCAAUGUCUACAGACAAUUUUCAUUGUCACACUGGGU